GCGAAGGGCCGCCCCCUCGGGUACUUGAGCCCGGAGGCGGGCAAUGGCGCGCCUGUCCCGCCUUUUCCAUUGGCCGUUCUUUUUGUCAGUCAGCGCGAAGGCCCGCCCCCUCGAGAGCUUGGCGCGGCGGGGAGCGAUGGCGGCUGCGCUAUCUGUACAGCGGGCUCGGGCAGUUCUGCCCUGCGUUUGACGAGCUGCCAGCCCAGUGCCCCGGCUAGUAGAGUCCAGCGCGCCGGGAGACGGCCCCACCGCCUGCAGCGGCGGCCGGAGCUCUCCGCGUUCUCUCCGCAGCCUCCUCCGAGCCUGUGCUGCCGCUCUCCCCGCAGCGCUGCGAUGGGCCGGCCCUGGCUGUCCGUCCUGCGCUGUACUGCGAAACUGGGCUGCUUUCUGUUUUAUUUAAAAAAGCAUUUUCGCAGCCCAGCUGGUGCUUUUCGGCUGCAGAGAGAGCCGUGCGGGCCUUGUCCCGUGUGUGCGGCCGGGCGGUGGCAGCGGAGAGACGCGGCUUUGGGGCUUGGGGUUAAAUCUGUGCGAAGAGGCGGCACGGAAGGGCUGGAGCGUGUUUUUCGGGUAAGGGAGGAGCUGGUGUGCAAGGAGGUGCUUGAAAACUCGAGAAGUUGAGCUCGUUGAAGUGAGGCAACUGCUGGUUUAAAUGGGAGGCGAGUUGGAGCAGCUCUGUGUGAAAAACGCAACAACAAAACUGCAAACAAAAUAUAUAAUGUGGUCAACUUAUGUUUUCACGUUUAUGGGCACGUAAAAUGCAUAAUCUGGGCUGAAACACGGGACUUCGUUUACAUGCUGCUAUAGUUAGUGUAAUAGCACAAUGCUAUAUUUUUACUGUAAGAUUUAUAUAGUCAUUAUAUUAAUUUUGCUUUAUAUGUUCAGCCUCAGGAUUCAGACAUGUCGUGCUGCCUGUUUUUUCUAACUCCAAUCUGCUUUCAGCUUCUGAAAUAACUUUUGUCUUUUUCUGAUUUUAUUCUUGUAAAUGAGGGGUUUUUUUGUAAAAUCUUUGUGAUUGGAAGUUAUUAAUUUCCUUGAAUAUUGAUGCAUUUGAUGCCCGAGUACAAUUGAAAUGAAAGGUGACUUGUUUUUAAUCACUCAAGACUAAUUACUUACCUUGAUUUCUUCCUCUGUUACCUUUGCUGAAGCUGCUGCACCAACGCCAGGGCUGCGGCUGCCGCUCAUUACCUGCUCAGCGAAGGAGAUAAGGUUUAAAACCAGAUGGAAUUUGAACCACCCUGUUUCCUGUGGGGUUUGAUCCCCUCCAGGACAGGGCCACGAGUCCUCUGCUGAAGCCACAACCGCGUCUACCAGCGCAGAAGUUAGUCAUGAGAUUGGGAAAAGGCAUCAGCAGACUGUGUGUGGGCGGGAUGCAGCGCUCGGCGGUGGUUUGGCUCAGCGCCUGAGCUCUCCUUCAGUCUGUGCGAAGGACGCACCAAAACCACCGUGGGGACAUCUCCGACGUGCCAUUGAGACAGGUGAUUUUCAAGGCCAAAGUGGCUCCGAUCAGUGAUGAACAAGACCGUUCACAGCUCUCUGUUGGCUACUGGUUUCAGAUUCUCAUAUUUGUGCUUUCCAGACAAAUGAUAUUUCAUCAAAAUCUUCUUUAAAUGAAGUUGGCAACUUCUUCCCCAUCAGAGGAAGGUCACGAGACCAUAAAUUUUGCCGUUUGUUUCAAAAGGGGAAAUGGUGUAAAUAACAUCGCCUCCGUAAGUCAGGCGGAUGACAGAACAGAACUGACGUUCUGCUGGUGGAAUUCAGGUUGUUUUGAACAUCCUGGUGUCCCGAACCCUCAGCCUCCUUUGCUGUUUUUAGGUGACGUGUUGUGGCCGUUAGGAGCUCGGCAGUGUUGCGCCACAAACAUCUCAAUUCAUUUUUUUAACAUCCUCUUUUAGAUUUACAGUCAUAUUGUAUUCAAACCCGCGCGCUUUUCCAGUGGGAUCACUUCUGUUUUAAAAGGAAAAAGUGACGAACUAAAUCAUGUGUAUGUUGGUUUGUUUUUUCGUUCCACAGACACAGCAGUGCAGACAGAGCAUGUAAGAAUCUGUUCUCUUGUAGCAGGAGAGCUCUGGGCGAUGCAGUUUUCCGCCUCUCUUACCCGACUAGGAUUGGUCUACAUGGAGCUCUGGUGAUUAGACUGUUACUCACACUUGUUGUCAUGUUGGCCGAAGGCAUCUUAUGUAGCCUCAUCUAUAAAGAAAACUGUCAUCAAGAGAAGCCUCGCAGAUCUCGUGCAUCCAAAAAGGAUAAAGAGGGAAUCUGGAGAGAGAAACUUGUAGACAACCCCAAAAUUAAAGGCUUUGCUGAUGGACCCGAGAAGCAGGGUGAGAUUUCUGUUAGAAGUAGCCAGAUGGAACACAGGAGCAGUCCUCACUGGAGACCCAUAAGAGAGGUACCUGCGAAAGAUGAGAAAACGCUUGUUAAAGGAACUGUGUCACCAGCUUUACACAUCCCCAAAAGAGAGCAGAGUGCUGAAGAGAUGGAUUUGUACAGAUCCUGGUCAUGCAACAGCAUGUAUCUGAACUAUCCUGACUUACACAUCAGGGGAGACCAUGUUGGAGACCACAUGUGUGAUUCAGGUUGUGUUUUGGACCAUAAGUAUGAGGAACUUCCCGACGGCCCCGUUUUAAUGUCCGUAGACAUUCCCCUCGGGCUGUCACCUCCAUGUGAGCGUCCCGAAAAGCCCUGGAUAAAGUCCCUGCCUGCAGACGAUGCUGGAGAAAGGAGCAUCGUGCUCUGUGAGGAGCCUCUUUCCAACUCCGUGCUCAACAAUUACAUGGAAACCAAAGUGGCAGAGUUCUAUAAACAGUUUUUUGAAGAACACUUGACCAGGUGUGGUUCUGUAACGAACCUCCUUGCUUGUAGUUUGAUAAGGAACAACCUGAACCAGAUAAGCUUUCAGAUAUCGCAGGAGCAGAACACAGAAGUGGCAAAAGCCAGAGAAGCGCUCCUGCACUCUUUAGCUUUGUUUAGCUUGUGCAGCACUACAAACAGAAGCAGUUUGGAAUUUAGUACUCCAAACUUACAAAUCUCAAACCCAGCAUGCACCAAAAAGAGCUGCAGGGAGGACUUGACGUCGUGAUUGCGUCUGCUCAGCUGAGGAGGUGAAUACCAGUCAGAUAAGAAUAUUUCUCUCCAAGGAUUAGGUUGGGAAUUGAAAAUAUUUGCACACUACUGACUUUUUCAAAUAAACAUUUUAAGGUUUAAACUGUACUUUGUUAGCAGAGGUCACUGUUUCCUGUUUUUUGUUUUUCUAAUACAGAAUUUGAAACUAAUUUGUCUCUAAAAUAUUAGUCAAUCGUAUUUUUAUAAUGUGUGUGUCCUCCAUCUAAGACUCUGGCUGUAAUUAUAGUCCUGUACCAUUGAAUUUUCCUUUGCCAUAAAAAAAUAAAGAUGCGUGCUGGUAAAACUUUGCUAUAAGAGACUGAUCCAGCUGUUAAAUAGAGUCAAAUUUGCUGGAUUUUGAAUUAGCUGAAACUCAAGUUUUGGACAUUCACAUUCAACCUUUGUUCCUACAAACAUCCAUCACAGUGGAUGGAAAAUAUUUCUUUGCUUUGAAAAUCGUGUAGGCAGAUGGAGAUGUUCAGAACUCUGGAUUAUUUUGUGUAUAUUAUCGUGUAUUGACAUGAAACAUGAAUCAAGGCACUGAUAUUGGUGCACAUGUACAUUUGCACUGUGUGGCUGGAGCACAUUAAAAUGAAAAUCCACGUGAUUAGUUGAUCAAGAUUGUGAAAGUAGUUAAUUUUCUGUAGAACUAUUCUUUCUUUUCAAUAAAUCCUUACCUCGUAUUUGAAA